CAUCUUUGUCGCAAAUGCAAACAGAUGACCACGCAUGCGCAAGAGUUUCUAUGGUUACCUGGACGCUUUAGCGCUUUCAAGAAUGUCAUCCAAAAAGGGACCCAAGCUAACUAAGGCUCAGAAGGCAAAGCAGCAGGAAAAAGAUGAAGAGAGGAGGCUGCAAGAGGAAGAGGAAGCACGGCUGCAGGCAGUGAAAGAAGAGCAGGAAAGACUGGAAAGAGAGAAAAAAGAACAGGAGCUGGAAAAGCUUGAGUUAAAGGACCGUGGGCGCAGGGAAGAUGAGUUAAACGAACUGCGCCAUCUACUGGAGGAGAAUCAUACUGCAGUAACCGACUUGAAAAUAGAUGCUGUUGAGAAAGCCAAGUGGGAGAAAUACAUGCGUUGUGAUGGCACCCCAGACCCAGCAAUACAGCAGGAUAUCAACACAUAUAUGAGCUUAUGGAGAGAUGACCAACAGGUUGACAUCAUACUCGUGCUCAAAGAAUGUAAUGUCGCUCUACAGCUGAUAGAGGAGCUGGAAGGUCUGCUCAGAGAUGUUACGGAUCCACAGGAGGGCAAGAAGUAUCAGGAGUCACUCAUCAGUUUGCAGGAGCUAAUCCACUCCAAACACAACCUUACCACUGAGGAAAUUCUCAAGGAAGCCAGUGCAAACAUCGACACUGAGACAGGCAACAUGCAGACUGUGGUGAAAAAUGAAAACAUCACAUUGUGUCUCUGGGUUAACCUCAAUAAGAAUCCAAGGUUUAAAGGUUUACACUUUGAAGAGGCAGGCCUUGGCUUUGGGCUUCCCAAACAGCUGGCUGUGAGCAAUAUCGCUAUCAGGAUCCUUCAUACACGAUAUGAUCACCUGACCUUACUGGCCAAGAUGGCUCACCUGAGAAUAAACACAGCAAGCCACAGGUCUCUUGCAGGUGAUGAGGAAGUUUCAGCAGACGUGGAUGUGCCAGAGCAGGAGGAGUCAAAAGGAGAAGAUGAGGUGAAAGAAGACAUUGAGACCAAGCGGGAGAGAGAUGAGGAUGAGGAGGUGCAGUCCACGCCAGGACUUGAAGGGAUGCAGAGUGCAACCAGUAUUCAGUCCAGAAAAGACAGUGCCCAGUCUGCAGGAGGCAGGGGGAGCCAGAUACUAACACAGAUGGAGGCACUGGAUGCUGAGGGGGACUCAAGUUAUCCCCCUACACAGGUGUCAAUGGUAAAUAAUAGUGUCCAUGUGGUGGACUUAAUGCAGUACACACCUCUGGGUGGGGUCUUCUACUAUGAUGUGUUUCAUCUCCCGCCACAAGCCCACCGGGUCAAUGGCUGGGAAAUAAGACAGAUUUUGGACAAAGGGUUACAGGUCUUCCCCUACCCAUCAGAUGACAACGACGUUCUCACCUGCUCUCCUGUUGGUGUGACUGUGACACUACCUGAGUCGGUCGUCUUUUUGAAAACUCCCCAAGUGGCUUGCUGGGAUGCCGGAGAGAAGCAGUGGAGGAUGAACGGCAUCACUGACAUUUCCUACGAGGAGGCAGAGGCCAAGAUCUCAUUUAAGGUGGACUCCUUCAGGGCUUUUGUGCUCAUGCAGGAAACUUACGCCAACUUUCCCUUCCAGAGCUGGGAGCUCAGGCCACUGAACCAAAACUCAGCUCUUUUUACAAUCAAAGGGGAACUCAUCGACGUCAGUAUCAUGAUCAAGGGUAAUCAGUGCAUGUUGCAGUCAGAGCAAGAGAGAGGUCUUUCUCACCUGAAAGAGCAGUGGAUGAGUGGCCCAGCUCUGCAGAGAGCAAUGAUCGAUGCAGGGAUCAACAUCUUUGUGAAUGAGUACACUCACAAAUAUGUCAGCACAAUUGCCAAGGACCCACUGACAGAACAUGCUGCAUAUGAACAGAUGGCUCUCUUUGCCUCUGCCUGUGCCUUUUCAUGGAGCAAGUGGAACGCCAAAUGUGGAGCUGAGCAUCUUGUCAUGCAGGGGUGUGAGCAUUAUGGCCCUACACCUGUGCCUAGACACUCAUGGAGUCUCUACCUGCUCGGCGCACAGAGAAGCCAGAAGCUGGAAAUCACAGAGAGCAGUGAGGCUUUCUCAGCAGACCAUUACCCCGGCAGUGAGUUUCACUCCACCUUCAUCCACAUGCUCCAGGAUGAAAUGAGCGCUGAUGGUAUAACAAAAACCAGAGAAUCCAAUAAUCUGUUUGUGGAUACAAUACAGAGCCUGCUCUGUGCCAUCAGACCACUGAUGUAUUCAUAAAUUGUAUGCUGUUCACUGGGGAUUGAUUUUUUUUUUUUUUUUUUUUUUUUGACAAAUCACAAACAUCUGACACCUUAAUUUGAAACGUCCAUGUGUAUACACAUAAGAACACACGCUUGUAUUGUAGAAUUGGCUACUUUAUUUGUGCAAAGUUCCACACAUCUUCUUUGGAACAUGUAUAAAGUUGAAAACGGUGACAACCACAGCAAGAAUAUAGAGAAAACAAUUAAAAAAAAACCUUUGGUGUUAAGACUUUUACAUAGCAGAAUUAUAACUUAACAAAAAUAAACAUAUUCACAUGUCCCCACACCUUGCUAACAAA